AUGGUGGCCCCUACGCCAGUGGACAAAGAGCUAGCGAGACUUACAGCCACGCUGCUGUCCCCAGAAAUCGAGAGUACACCACUUCCUGCCAGAUUCCACCAGCCUAAGUUCACCUUGUAUGACGGCAAGACGGAUCCGUACAUGCACGUGAGUCAUUACCGACAAGUAAUGGCUGGCCACCGGCGCAACGACACCUUGAUGUGCCUCAUAUUCCCAGCAAGCUUGGGAGAACUGGGCCUGAAAUGGUUCGAAAGGCUUCCAGAGGGGAGUAUCGAGGGGUGGCAGCAACUAGUGGAAGCCUUCAUCACCAGAUUCAAAACCAACACUCGAACACCGAAGGAGGUCGACCGUCUCUUGGGCGUCAAGAUGGAAUCUGGAGGUUCAUUGAAGGCAUACAACGCGAGGUACUUGGAAACUUACAACAAAAUCCACGACUGCCCUACCAAUCUGGCAAUCACUCAAUACAAUAGGGGUCUCCCAGUCGGACAUAGAUUGCGACACUGGCUCACGAUGCAUCAGCCUACAACCAUGGAGUCCUUGUUGCAGCGGAUUAAUGAGCAAAUUCGUGUGAAUGAUGAUGCUGUCUCCGCGACCGAGAAGGCUUAUCCGAUCGUUGAGGACAGAAAGGUGGCGGGGAAGGUUCACUCGAUCGGGCAGGAGGAUAACCGCCCAAACGACCGGUCAAAAGAUCAAUGUCGUGGUUCAAACCGUGACGACAGAAACAAAGGUCGUAGAAAUGACCGAGCUGAUGCUCCCCGUGAUGCAAAGGAGGAUGCCAAGAGAAAAUUGAAGGCACGGACUGGAAUCACCACGGGACAGACCGAGCCAAACGGCAUGGCUGCCCUUGAGGCAGCGCCCCAAGGCGUGAUCAAUGUCAUCCAUGGCAUCAUUGAACCAGUCAGGGUCUGCGAGCUAAGAGGGAUGAUUAAGAAAGCUGAGCACAUGAGGGAAGUGCUCUCCGAUCAGCCCGCUGUGAAGAAAGGGAAGACCGAAGAGAAGGACAUCCUUACCUUUUCGAGAAGGGAUUUGGAGCGGAUCCAGAUGCCCCACAAUGAUGCCCUAGUGGUCACUCUUCACGUCAAAGACUUUGACAUCAAAAGGUUCUUGAUUGACCAGGAGAGUUCGGUCAAAAUCAUGUAUUAUGACACGUUCAAACAAAUGAAGUUAGAGGACAAGGACUUGGCCCCUGCGACGUCUCCGUUGGUUGGGUUCAACUCUCAGCCGGAAUGGUCGGUAGGGAAGAUCAUAUUGCCGGUCAAAGCGGGUUCAGUCAUAAAGCAAGUAGAGCUCUGGGUGCUCAAAGUCCCAUCCACCUACAACUUGAUUUUGGGCAGGUGGUGGUUGUACGCCAUGCAAGCAGUAGUGUCGACUUACUAUUAG